CAUCUGCAAGCUUUAUAAGGGGAAUUGCUACUCUUGGAUCACUUUGGAAGUGAUGAAAUAGGCACUGGUGACUGUGUGGGUCUAGGAUUUUGGUCAAGAGGACAAGGGCUAAAGGUCUGGACUCACGUCAUGAUCAGCCUCUGAGGAUUCCAUUCUUCUCAUGGGUGCUUACCUAAGCCCCAAAACCGGGGGGUUUUUACUUGUGACUGUUCUGGGCUGUUUGGGUAGAUAUUGAUUGGAGAUCGUGUCCUCACUGGACCUUCCCAGAAAGACUGUAUAAGGAACAGAGAAUUCCACCGUCAAUUGGGAAUUCUGUGGGAAGGCAAGCAGAUUUCUUUCUGCUGGUUUAUUCCUCUGAGAAUCUACAAAAGCUUGUGAUCUACCAGCUCUGAAUCCCUGCAUCAAGUGCACCUAGGAUUGCAGUUCCUUGAAAGAGGGCUUCCAGCGUCAGAGAACUGAAGGAAGAAUGCUUCGAGGCCGGUCCCUAUCGGUGACAUCCUUGGGUGGGCUGCCUCGGUGGGAAGCUGAGCUUCCUGUGGAAGAUUUACUGCUCUUUGAAGUGGCUUGGGAAGUGACCAAUAAAGUUGGCGGCAUCUAUACUGUGAUCCAGACAAAGGCCAAAACGACAGCAGAUGAAUGGGGAGAGAAUUAUUUUCUGAUUGGUCCAUAUUUUGAGCAUAAUAUGAAGACUCAGGUGGAACAGUGUGAACCUGUCAAUGACGCUGUUAGCAAAGCCGUGGACACGAUGAAUAAACACGGCUGCCAGGUGCACUUUGGAAGAUGGCUGAUAGAAGGGAGUCCUUAUGUGGUGCUCUUUGACAUAGGCUACUCAGCUUGGAACCUGGACAAGUGGAAAGGUGACCUCUGGGAAGCAUGCAAUGUCGGCAUUCCUUAUCAUGACCAAGAAGCCAAUGAUAUGCUGAUAUUUGGAUCCUUAACAGCCUGGUUCUUAAAAGAGGUGACAGAUCAUGCAGAUGGGAAACACGUCAUUGCCCAAUUUCAUGAAUGGCAGGCAGGGACUGGACUGAUCCUUUCUCGAGCCCGGAAACUUCCGAUCGCUACGGUAUUUACCACGCACGCCACGCUGCUUGGAAGGUAUCUCUGUGCGGCAAACAUAGAUUUCUACAACCAUCUCGAUAAGUUUAACAUAGACAAAGAGGCUGGAGAGAGGCAGAUUUACCACCGGUACUGCAUGGAACGCGCUUCUGUCCAUUGUGCUCAUGUGUUCACCACAGUUUCCGAAAUAACAGCAAUAGAGGCAGAACAUAUGCUGAAGAGAAAGCCUGACGUAAUUACACCAAAUGGCUUGAAUGUUAAGAAAUUUUCAGCAGUACAUGAAUUUCAAAACCUACAUGCCAUGUACAAGGCUAGAAUCCAAGAUUUUGUUCGAGGUCAUUUCUAUGGUCACCUGGACUUUGAUCUGGAAAAAACAUUGUUCCUCUUCAUUGCUGGGAGGUACGAGUUUUCAAAUAAAGGAGCUGACAUCUUCCUGGAAUCCUUAUCCAGGCUAAAUUUCCUGCUGCGGGUGCAUAAAAGUGAUGUCACCGUGGUGGUGUUUUUCAUUAUGCCUGCCAAGACAAAUAAUUUCAAUGUGGAAACCCUGAAAGGCCAGGCAGUACGAAAACAGCUCUGGGACACUGCACAUUCUGUGAAGGAAAAGUUUGGAAAGAAACUGUAUGAUGCAUUAUUAAGAGGAGAAAUUCCUGACAUGAACAAUAUUUUGGAUCGAGACGAUUUGACAAUUAUGAAAAGAGCCAUCUUUUCAACUCAGCGGCAGUCCUUGCCCCCAGUGACCACUCACAACAUGAUUGAUGACUCCACUGAUCCCAUCCUCAGCACUAUUAGACGGAUCGGGCUUUUCAACAGCCGCACAGACAGAGUCAAGGUGAUUUUGCACCCAGAGUUUCUAUCCUCCACCAGCCCCUUGUUACCCAUGGAUUAUGAAGAGUUUGUUCGAGGUUGUCAUCUUGGGGUAUUUCCAUCAUACUAUGAACCCUGGGGUUAUACUCCAGCCGAAUGCACUGUGAUGGGUAUCCCCAGUGUGACCACCAACCUCUCCGGCUUUGGCUGUUUCAUGCAAGAGCAUGUGGCUGACCCCACUGCAUAUGGUAUUUACAUUGUUGACAGGCGGUUCCGCUCUCCGGAUGAUUCUUGCAAUCAGCUGACUCAGUUUCUCUAUGGAUUUUGCAAACAGUCACGACGCCAGAGGAUUAUUCAGAGGAACCGAACUGAGAGGCUUUCAGACCUUCUGGAUUGGAGAUACUUAGGCAGAUAUUACCAGCAUGCCAGGCACCUGACAUUAAGCAGAGCUUUUCCAGAUAAAUUCCACAUGGAACCCACAUCACCACCAACGACGGAAGGGUUUAAAUACCCCAGGCCUUCCUCAGUGCCACCUUCCCCUUCAGGGUCUCAGGUCUCCAGUCCUCAGAGCAGUGACGCGGAGGAUGAGAAUGAAGAUGAGAGAUACGAUGAGGAAGAGGAGGCCGAAAGGGAUCGGUUAAAUAUCAAGUCACCCUUUUCUCUGGGCCGUGUUCCUCGGGGGAAGAAGAAACUGCAUGGCGAAUACAAGAACUGAAUUCCACCCUUGUCGAACAGGCUAGCUUAGUGAGAACAGAGUAAGAAUGAUUAUUUAAGGAAGUGAGAAGGCGACACGUUUCAUUCUAUUCUUCUGAGUAUUACAACAGGAUUUAGUCUGUGCCUAAAAAGUGGAGAAGAUGAAGUGAAUGGCAGUUUUGCCAUUUACGAUAAAAUCCACGUUGUUUCCCCCAACUCCUGUUUCCCCAGGAAACUGAGGCACAAAGAAGAGUGUUAACUAAAGGAGGACGACUGGAAGUAUUUUUAAAAGGGUUAUUUUAAGCCAUAGGAAUUUUCAGUUCCUAAUGUUUAUUUUUUAAUUAUCAUCACCGUAAUCCUUUGAUUAAAGUUUAUGUAGCUUCUAGCCCUGCUGCCUAUACAAGUCAGCCAUUCUCACCACCCCAAAAGGAUCCUGAUCUUAGCUAUUAAGUUACUCUACCUUUGUAUUUCGAAUAACCUGGUCUUUAGUGAUUAUUUUCAUUUUUCACAUGAAGCAGAGCCAUGAAUUUAUACCUAGUUUUGCAGACAAUCAAAAAUCCAUAAAACAAAAACUACCCUAAAUUGAGAUUUUGAUGCAUAUUUAUGCACUUGUCCAAGGUCACGUCUCAAAUUAACGAUUGGAAGAUGUUACCAUCUGUACGAUCUGACUGUUACAAUUUUUCUAUUGUUUAAAAAGAAAGCCUGGAGUUCCCAUC